AUGCCGAGAGGAUUUUUGGUGAAAAGGAACAAGAAAACCAACCCGGUGUCCUACCGGGUCCGCUCAGAGGAGGAGGACGCGGAGCCAACAGCGGCUGAUGCGCUCCCGCCCUCUUCUGCCGUGCCUCUCUCCUACGGUCCGGUGCGCGCACAGACGCCGACGCCCACCUGCGGGGCGGCGGCUCCGGAGCAGGACGCCAAACCGGUGCAGUUUGGAAACCCGGAGGCGGUGUACCAAGCACUCUACAGCCCCACCCGCCCCGUCAGCCAGGACCAUGACCGCUCCUACUUCGAGAGGCGCUUCAACCUCGGUUCACCGGUCACCGCGGAGUCCUUCCCCACACCAGCAGCGCUCACCGCUUUGGAUCACCUCUACGCCCCCGUGGACCUGAAGAUCGGCUCCAGCAACAGCAACCGCACCGGCACCACCAGCAGCACCGCCUCUUCAUCCAUUGGAACGCUCCCUACAGCCGGGACCAAACGGCCCUCCAGCGACUCGGAGCGCAAAGGCAAACCCGCGUCCAAGAAAACCAAAGCUAUCCGGAAACUGCACUUUGAGGAUGAUGUCACCACGUCCCCGGUGCUCGGGCUCAAAAUCAAAGAGGCGCCGGUGGAGCAGAAGGCGGUGAGGGCGCAGCCGGCCGGGGGAGACAACAACCACCCUCUGGGGGAGUUUGUGUGCCAGCUGUGCCGGGAGGCGUACGCAGAUCCCUUUGCUCUGGCGCAGCACAAGUGCUCGAGGAUAGUGCGGGUCGAGUACAGGUGUCCCGAGUGUGACAAGGUGUUCAGCUGCCCGGCUAACCUGGCGUCUCACCGGCGGUGGCACAAACCGAAGCAGCAGAGCAGCUCCUCCGGGGCGCAGCAUUUGGAGAGCGAGAAGGCUGCGGGGUCCGUGAAGACAGCGGACGAAGCGAAGGAUUGUAGUGACAGGGACACACCCAGCCCGGGACCGUCCGAGUCCGGCUCAGAGGAGGGGCUGUAUGAUUGUACCCACUGUGGGAAAAAGUUUAAGCGUCAAGCGUACCUGCGGAAGCACCUGGCUUCUCAACACGGCUCUCCAAAGCAGCCCGUGGAGGACGAGGACGCGCCGGGCUGCGAGCAGAGCGCGGCGCCGCUCAACCUGAGCGCCUCCACCUGCCACCUGUGCCCGGUCUGCGGGGAGAAUUUCUCCAACAGAGGCAGCCAGGAGCGACACAUCCGCCUGCUGCACUCCUCGCAGGUCUACCCUUGCAAAUACUGCCCCGCCAUCUUUUACAGCUCCCCGGGACUCACCAGACACAUCAACAAAUGCCACCCAUCCGAGAACCGGCAGGUGAUCCUGCUGCAGAUGCCGCUCCGUCCGGCGUGCUGA